AGUGGUGAUUAUGAACUCAAUCUUGGAACACAUGUGUGCGGACGUGCUUCAGCAGACAGCAACACAGAUCAAGUUUCCAUCCACGGGCGUGGACACAAUGCCCUACUGGAACCUGCUUCCUCCCAAGCGCCCCAUCAAGGAGGUACUGACAGACAUCUUUGCCAAGGUGCUGGAGAGGGGCUGGGUGGACAGCCGCUCCAUCCAUAUCCUAGACACCCUGCUGCGCAUGGGCGGCGUCUACUGGUUCUGCAACAACCUGAUUAAGGAGCUGCUGAAGGAGACUCGCAAGGAACACACACUGAGGGCAGUACAGCUACUCUACUCCAUCUUCUGCCUGGACUUGCCGCAGGUGACCCUGGUCUUGCUGGGCCACAUCCUGCCCGGUCUGCUUACUGACUCCUCCAAGUGGCACAGCCUCAUGGACCCUCCUGGCACUGCACUAGCCAAACUAGCUGUGUGGUGCGCCCUGAGUUCUUAUUCCUCUCAAAAGGGACAGGCAGCUUCCCGCCACAAGAAGAGACACAGGGAAGACAUUGAGGACUAUAUCAGCCUCUUCCCCGUGGAAGACAUGCAGCCUUCGAAGCUGAUGCGACUCCUGAGCACCAAUGAGGAUGAUGCCAACAUUCUGUCGAGUCCCACUGACCGUUCCAUGAACAGCUCCCUCUCGGCUUCCCAACUCCACACAGUCAACAUGAGGGACCCUCUGAACAGAGUCCUGGCCAACCUGUUCCUGCUCAUUUCCUCCAUCCUGGGCUCCCGCACCGCCGGCCCCCACACCCAGUUUGUGCAGUGGUUCAUGGAGGAGUGUGUCGACUGCCUGGAGCAGGACAGCAGGGGCAGCAUUCUGCAGUUCAUGCCCUUUGCCACUGUGUCGGAACUAGUAAAGGUGUCUGCUAUGUCCAGCCCCAAGGUAGUGCUGGCCAUCACAGACCUCACCCUGCCCCUCGGUCGGCAAGUGGCUGCCAAAGCCAUCGCUGCACUCUGAGGAGCUUGGAGUAGCCUGGACGGGGUCCCAGCCCCAGCAUCCCAGCAGGGGGAGUGAGGAUGAGCCCAGGCUGCCCCAUCCAGUGGUGCAAGGAUGCUUCUCCAGUCUGAGGCCCUCACCCACUCCUGCCCUCUACUUACUAUGCCCGUUCCUUCUGUGGUUUUCUGUCCUUUCCACCAGUACCCAAAGACUGCGAGUGGUCCCGAUGGUUGCCCCAAUUCUUGCAGUAGCUGAACUCCAAGGAGGGACUUUAUAGGGCCACAGUGUAUAUAUAAGUUUAUUUUUAUAACUCAGGAGGGGGAGUCCCUCUUGCUUUGUUUGUAAAUAAAGAUCCUUGUAGCUAUUGAA